AACUACUAAUUGAAUGAUUUAAUACUUUCGAUGAUAAUGGAUGUCGAAGAAGUGGUAAAAUCCGGCAGUCUUUAUGUACCUCCACAAGGAUUUCUCAAACAAAAGAAGUCGUGGCAAAAAAAGUAUUAUGUAUUGUAUAGGAAUUCACAUCAAGGAAUACAACGACUGGAAGUGUUUGAUAGUGAAGACCAAUACAUCAAACAACACAAUUGUCUUCGAAUUAUACCAUUAAGUGAUUGUCUAAAAGUGGUUCCAUUGCCUCAGAAACAACAAUCCAAUGUCUUUGAAAUCCGAACCAAAGACACCACUUAUCUGUUUUCAUGUGAGACCUUUCAGGAGAUGACAGAAUGGCUUAAUUGUCUUCAAUCGGUUGCGUUUGGAGUCCAUCAAAGUUUAACAAAUACCGGACUACAAAAUAAAUCUUUUACUAUUGAUUCAAAUGCCAAUCAAUUUAAUAACAUUAACAUUACUAAUAUAAGUAACAACUCAUCGAUUGCAAGCAAAUUAUCAGACAUUCAGACAGAAGAAAAUUUAUUAUAUUCUUCAGUUGAUGGACCACAAAGCUAUCGAGUCAAACUCAUCGAUUCCGAUGCAUCGCUCAGAUGUGGUCUAAGAAAUAGUUAUGAAUCAAAUUAUACAUUACUUGUGACUGCGGUUAACAUAUCGCUAGCCGAAGACGAUAAUGUGUUGUUGACGUGGCCUUACAGACACAUCAGAAGAUAUGGCUGUACUAAGGAUGGCUUCUCUCUAGAAGCGGGCCGUAAGUGUGCCUCUGGUGAGGGACUCUUCUCGUUUAUCACAAAAGAUGGUAACUCUAUCUUUCAAGGAGUAGCCACUCAUGUUAAUAGUCUAAAAGCUUCGCGUCAUUUAACGGAUGACUUCAAGUCUGGUAACAAUGAUUUCGGUAUAAUUAAUAUUAGUCCUAAACCGACAUCAAAGGAAAUACCAUUUGCUUUAAGCCAUUUCUAUGCAAAUGAUUCAAAGUCUCCAUCGCCACCACUUUCAUCGAGUUAUUCAACAAAUUCAAGUUAUCUCGAAACUAAUUCAUCGUUAUUGCCAUCGAGUAAAAUAUCGGAAUUAAAAAAACGACAUUCGGUUCAACCGCCAAAAAGUCCGAAAAUCAAUGAAAAACAAAUCCUAACUCAAGUAACCUCUGUAUCCAAUACUAACUCAAUAAUAAUGAUAACCGAUUCAAAACCAAAGAUAUCUCCGCCUGUUUUAAAGCCUCCGCGAAAAAGCAAAGAAAAUAAAAUAACUGAAUCUUCAGAACCUGUAUUUGCUUCGCGUGAAGAAGUCUUUAGACAAAACUCAUUGACUAAUAAUUUUGAUACUAAAGAGUCUUAUAAGUCAUUAAAAGAUGAGAUUCUUUACGACGAACCGGUAGAUCUAACAACUGACACAACAAACAUUAGAGAAGACGACCAAACAAAGAGCUCAUUGUGUCCGAGUCCGCCACCCGUUACUCAAACUGUAUCUAAAUUGACGUCAGUAUUGAAAAUGAUGUUCUCUGGAAAUGGUCACCAAAAUUAUCAUCAAAAUUAUGGAAAACAUAAUAGAGUUUCAAUAAAAAACAGUAUUUCAGAAAACACUAGUAAUGUGUCGUCGACUCUAAAUAUUACUGCUUCACAACCUAUUGAGACCCAAGACUUACCAAAUAGUGAUAUGAAAAUCAGUCAAAUUAAUAAAGAAGAAAAAAUUGCUAACAAUUUAACAGAUGAUACGUAUGGUUAUUCAGAAGUCACUAAUGAUAACGAUGUGGACAAUGACACCGAUGAAGGCGACUACGAAAAUGUUAGACAUUUAGAAGAUUUGAAUGAAUUAAAUAUAUCAAUUGAAAGCAAACAAAAUAAAUUAGUUAAUAAUAAUCGACACAAUAGUCAACAAACUGAACACUACGUCCAAAAUGAUUGUGAAUACGCCAGAGUUGUUAAACGACCCGCUAAUAACACUUUGUUUUAA